AUGGGAAACAGCACGUGGGAGCUUUUUUCUCAAGCUAACUCUUAUCACGCCUCAAGUGAUGCCUCACUUUUCUUGGCUUCAUUGCCUGUUCUUGCCAAUGAGAAGCCGAACAUCAAUGAACUAAACCGAGGAGUUCAUCUGGAUGGAAAGAAAUCUCUUGUUCAUGGCGAGAAGAAUCAUGCAGUUGAUAGCUUACUACCUGACGAAAACGAACUAUUUGCUGGGAUGGUGAAUGAGCUUGUAGAUGACUCGGAAGAUUUUGAUCUUUUUCGAAGUGGAGGAGGCUUGGAACUCGAAACUGAUCUGCAAGAAAAUUUAGUAAGAUUCGGUUUUUCCAGUCUAAAUUUAUCUGAUGGUGGUGGUGUUGGCAAUGUGGGGCCCCGCUUGAAUUUCCCUAGUGGUGGGGGGACAAUUGCUGGAGAACACCCUCUCGGAGAGCAUCCUUCGAGAACUCUAUUCGUCCGUAAUAUUAAUAGUAACGUUGAGGAUGCGGAGAUUAGAGCUCUAUUUGAGCAAUAUGGCGAUAUCCGAACAUUGUACACUUCGUGUAAGCAUAGGGGCUUUGUAAUGAUCUCUUACUAUGAUAUCCGCGCUGCCCGUACAGCAAUGCGUGCCUUGCAAAAUAAGCCACUUCGGAGGAGAAAGCUGGAUAUUCACUUCUCGAUUCCUAAGGAAAACCCAUCUGAUAAGGACAUGAAUCAAGGCACCUUGGUAGUAUUUAAUUUGGACCCCUCAGUUUCUAGCGACGAUCUUCUACAAAUUUUCGGUCCUUAUGGCGAGGUCAAAGAGAUAAGGGAGACGCCCAACAAGAGAAAUCACAAAUUUGUUGAGUUUUAUGAUGUUAGGGCUGCCGAAGCUGCACUAAAGUCCUUGAACAGGAUUGAUAUAGCUGGAAAACGUAUUAAGCUGGAACCUAGCCGUCCUGGUGGAGCUCGUAGAAGUUCACUGCUGCAAGCAAGUAAUGACCUUGAGCAAGAUGAAAGAAAUUUGUAUCACGUGGGUUCGCCGCUUGGGAAUUCUCCCUCUGGUAAUUGGCCACAGCUUGGUAGUCCUAUGGAUCGAAACCCCUUGAAGAACUACAGCAAAUCACCCGGUUUUGGAUCUAUUAGUCCUCCAGUUGUGCAGGAUAGCUCGAACGGCCAUUAUUUGGAUCAUAUUUAUCCUAAUGGAAAUUUGAACUCCCGGGGCAUCUCGGAUAAAUCCCGUUCAUUUCCGGAACAUAUUCUAAGCAGUCAGUUUCAUGGGCCUGGGCCCGGGCCCUUUUCUUCAUUUGGGAACACCAGCUUCAGUGGGCCCACUUCCAAACCAUUAUUUGCUGGCCCACAGAAUAUCUGGGGAAAUACUAAUAGUAACGGUUUUAAUUUCCUAAACCACCAUUACCAGGUGAGGUCUGCUCCGCCAGAGCGGCAGUUCGGUUAUAUUCAGGAGUCUCUCAAAGGGUCAUUUAUGGGGCCUGGUUAUGGAAGUGUGGGCUCAAGUUAUGGACUGAAGUGUGGGCCCGGUAUGCCUUCUGGUGGGAGACUUAGUUCUCCAUUUUUGGGUAAUGGCUAUUUUCCUAGCAUGGAGGGUUUUGGUGAACGAAAGUCGAGGCAUUUUGGAGUAAAGGGAAUCCAACUGGAUAACAUGACACAAUUUCAGCUUGAUCUUGAUAAGAUUAAGAGCGGUGAAGAUGCUCGGACAACUCUUAUGAUAAAAAAUAUUCCCAACAAGUACUCGUCAGAGAUGUUGCUGGCUGCUAUUGAUGAGAAUCAUAGAGGGACUUAUGACUUUCUAUAUUUGCCCAUUGACUUCAAGAAUAGAUGCAACGUGGGUUACGCGUUUAUCAACAUGUUGUCUCCACUGAAUAUUGUUCCUUUUCAUGCGGAAUUCGAAGGCAAGCGAUGGGAGAAAUUCAAUAGCGAAAAAGUAGCAUCUUUGGCUUUUGCUCGUAUUCAGGGGAAAGCUGCCCUCGUUGCCCAUUUUCAGAAUUCGAGCUUGAUGAAUGAAGAUAAGCGUUGCAGGCCAAUUCUCUUUGAUUUGGAACACACGGGAUUUAGUGAUGAGAACAUGCUAGAAAUUCUUUGUGCCUACGGUUCGAGCAGCCAGCCUUGUCGAACAAAUGGGCCGAACGAGAAGUAG